CGGCAUAGCAGCAUCAGAACUUCUGUGAACUCUCAGUUUACACAAAAUGACCCACACAAUGGACAACUUCCUUCAACCUCGAUCACAAACUGGCCGGGGUCUACACACCCAGGAGAGCGGCGAUGCUGGCCUCUCGUGCAACAUGGAGCACAGCACCAAUGAUGUUUACACUAUCGGUGCUUUGCCUGUACCAGAAAAGGGAAGCUCUGUGAUGCCCAUUCCGACGGAGAAUCCAGACAUCGGUGAUUGCCCUCCAAUGCCGGCAAAGCUCUGGCAUGCUGCCGAACCCAAGGCGCACCCUGUGUUUGCAGAAGGGGGUGUCGAGCUGUCCCCUGUGGCUGUAGUUCAAAGCACCUCUCCACCCCAAACGCAGUCAGAGAGCCCAGAAGAAGAAAAGUCCAAGGUUGCAUCCAUCACUGAUGAAGAGGUGGGAGAAGAAAGCUGCUACAAGAUGGCCGCCGGACCCAAAUGGCCACCACUGGCUGCGAGAGAAGGAAGAAUGAGCAACCAACUCAGGAAAAGAGCUCCUGGGAAGUACCCAAAAUUUGCAGUGUACCUUCUGUGUUGGGUGGCAUUCAUACCACUUCUUGUCUCCGAGGCCGAUCCAGUAUCUGAUCCACCUCCACCGGACCAAAAGCUGUUUUGUUUUACCUGCAACGACAAGGACCGAUGCCCGAAACUGAUAAACGUAUAUGAGUCUGAUGGAGCAGACACUCCGCUUUACCACCGAGGACCCAAUGAGACGUUUCCAGAAUGCUCUGUAACCACAGAUGUUCACAAUUGCUCUGUGUGCCUUAACAACUCAGGGAUCAUCAUCAUCAUCUCCUCAAAGAACAAAAUAGAUGUGGAAGAUGGAAAUGGAAGCAUUCCUUUCAUUGACAUAGACUGUGUGCAGCAGCCGACGACCCCUUCAGCCCUCCAACCCUCCAAACCUCCGUCAACCCCCGCAAACCAAACCCCCACCACCCCAAACCAAACCAUCACCCACCCCUCCCAUCCUGAUUCACGGGUUGUGGUGUGGGUUGUCUUAGGUAUGUAUUCAUCAUAAGUACUGGAUGCCAAUGCAAUACGGUUAUUGAUGACCUCCAUGACCCAACAUGACCGCUUUGUGGUUUCAUUUCACAGUCCUCUCCUGCGUGGGGGUGCUUAUACUAUGUUGUAAAAAAACAAAAAAAAGCGAGGCCAGGCAAAGAGAGAUGCCAGCUGAGAACACCACUGAAGGAGACACCAUGUUGUAGAAUACCAUUUCCUCCCAAGUCAAUGUAUUUCCUUUUUGAUAUGCAUUGUCUUCAUUAAAAUGAAACUGGACAUGGA